AUGGAUGAGAGGUUGCAGAAAGCCGUGGAGGAGAGGUUGCAAAGGCUGCAGCGUGCUGCCGUAAAAGGAGAUGUGGAUGCAUUAUUUUCAAUACUUGAGGAGGAUCCUCUUGUUUUGGAGCGCAAUGAUGAGAAAGCAUUUUUGAGUACUCCCUUACACACAGCUGUAAGAGAGGGAAGGAUCCAAUUCGCAAAGGAAAUAGUAAACUUAAAGCCUUCAUAUGUUUGUAAGCGAGACCAUCUUGGGCGUAGCCCCCUUCAUUUGGCUUUGGAAGAAAAGGACAAGGAAAUGGAAGGGUGUGAGAAGAAGUACCAGGAACUGGUAACAUGGCUCAUACAGAUUGACAGUGAGCUUGUCCGUAUCAAAUCAAAGGGGAUGAUUACUCCUUUGCACUACGCAGCUCAACUAGACGAUGUUGCUAAUUUAGAGGACUUUUUGUAUGUUUGUCCAUCAUCAAUCCAAGAUUUGACGGUUAAAUCUGAAACUGCUGUCCAUGUGGCCAUCAAAAGCAGGAGUUUCACGGCUCUUAAAUUCUUGUUAAAAUGGCUUCGACGCAACGACAAAGAGGAAAUCCUGAGCUGCAAGGACGAACAAGGAAACAAUGUGUUGCAUACCGCAAUAUCUGAAAAUCAAACUGAGUCUCUUGUUGAGACUGUUACACAACUGGUUGUUCCUCCUAUUGCAGAGGUUGUUCAGAAUGAUCUUCUAAAACAAUCUCAUCAGAACGUGGACUUUGAUUGA